CGUUCCGUUCCGGGCCAACGCUGGCGGCGGAAAAGUUGCCGGGCGGAGAGGAGCAGCCCCGGGACGGGCAGAGAGCGCGACGCGGAGCCGGCUCCCGGCCCUGACUGCCCCGCCAUGGACGACCUCGACGCCCUGCUGGCAGACUUGGAGUCCACCACCUCCCACAUCUCCAAGCGGCCUGUGUUUUUGUCCGAGGAGCCCCCCUACUCCUACCCAACUGGAAACCACACCUACCAGGAGAUUGCAGUGCCACCCCCUGUCCCUCCACCCCCAUCAAGCGAGGCCCUCAAUGGCACAAUCCUUGACCCCUUAGACCAGUGGCAGUCCAGUGGCUCCCGACUCAUUCACCAGCAGCCUCCAUCCCCAUCACCUGUGUACGGCUCCAGUGCCAAAACUUCCGGUGCCUCCAACCCCCAGGACGGUGUUGGUUCUCCGUGCUCACGAGCAAGUGAGGAGGAGCACGUCUACAGCUUCCCCAACAAGCAGAAGUCAGCCGAGCCUUCACCCACCGUAAUGAGCUCCUCCCUGGGCAGCAACCUUUCUGAACUUGACCGUCUGCUGCUAGAACUGAAUGCUGUGCAGCAUAAUUCUCCAGGCUUCCCUGCAGAGGAGACCAACACAAGCCCUCCACUCCCGGGGGCCCUGAGCCCUCACUAUGGCAUCCCAGAGAACAACAGUCCCGUGGGAGUCAAGGCUGGGCCCCUGACAAAAGAGAAGCCCAAGCGGAACGGGGGCCGGGGCCUGGAGGACGUUCGGCCUAGUGUGGAGAGUCUCUUGGAUGAACUGGAGAGCUCUGUGCCCAGCCCUGUCCCGGCCAUCACUGUGAACCAGGGCGAGAUGAGCAGCCCACAGAGAGUCACCUCCAGCCAGCAGCAGACGCGCAUCUCGGCCUCCUCUGCCACCAGGGAGCUGGACGAGCUGAUGGCCUCGCUGUCAGAUUUUAAGAUCCGCUCUGUGAUCAGGAGGAGCCGGGAGACUGGCCACGCGCACCCCAUGUCCCGGGAGCCCUCUCCUCGCCGCCGGCUGGACCCCGCCAUCCUGAGCAGGACCCCAUCUCAGGAGCAGCUAAUCGCAGAGCUGCAGGGCCGACUGGGCAUCCAGCCGGAGGUGGAGGAGGUCGCGGGGCCACCAGGGCGCUCCGCGCAGGACUGGCUGACUGAGGGUGUCGUCAUCACUGUGCAGCCACGCGGGAGGCGGGCUGGGGGGCAGCUGGUAGAGAAGAUGCACAGCCUGGAACAAAGAGCGGAUGGAGAGUGGCACUCCAGCUGGCCUCCAGGGGGCAGGCAGAGCAGCCCUGAAGGGCAGGACGAGGGAGGGUUCAUGGCUCAGGGGAAGACUGGGAGCAGCUCACCCCCUGGGGGACCCCCAAAGCCUGGGAGCCAGCUGGACAGCAUGCUGGGGAGCCUGCAGUCUGACCUGAACAAGUUGGGGGUUGCCACGGUUGCCAAAGGAGUCUGCGGGGCCUGCAAGAAGCCCAUCGCCGGGCAGGUUGUGACUGCCAUGGGGAAGACUUGGCACCCUGAACACUUUGUCUGCACCCACUGCCAGGAAGAGAUCGGAUCCCGGAACUUCUUCGAGCGGGAUGGACAGCCCUACUGUGAAAAGGACUAUCACAACCUCUUCUCCCCACGCUGCUACUACUGCAACGGUCCCAUCCUGGAUAAAGUGGUGACGGCCCUUGACCGGACUUGGCAUCCUGAGCACUUCUUUUGUGCCCAAUGUGGAGCCUUCUUUGGUCCUGAAGGGUUCCAUGAGAAGGAUGGCAAGGCCUAUUGCCGAAAGGAUUAUUUCGACAUGUUUGCGCCCAAGUGUGGUGGCUGUGCCCGGGCCAUCCUGGAGAACUACAUCUCAGCCCUCAACACCCUUUGGCAUCCUGAGUGCUUUGUAUGCCGGGAAUGCUUCACACCUUUCAUCAACGGCAGCUUCUUCGAGCAUGAUGGGCAGCCAUACUGUGAGGUGCACUACCAUGAACGGCGCGGCUCGCUGUGCUCUGGUUGCCAGAAGCCCAUCACGGGCCGCUGCAUCACCGCCAUGGCCAAGAAAUUCCACCCGGAGCACUUUGUCUGUGCCUUCUGCCUCAAGCAGCUGAACAAGGGCACCUUCAAGGAGCAAAACGACAAGCCUUACUGCCAGAACUGCUUCCUCAAGCUCUUCUGCUAGGCGUCCCUUCCCCAGCCCCGCCGCCCUGACUGCUACUGUGACCCAGAGACGUGGAAACUGGAACCCUCAUCCUCAGCUGGCACAGGAUGGGACAAGGGGCAUGGGGGUCCUGCGUGCUUCUCCAAUCCCCACCAAAGCCUUGGGCCUCCCUCCUCUUCCUACAGCUCUCCCCAGGCUGCCCACUCCUCAUCCUCCUGGAGGUGGAGGCUGGGGGCUCCAUCCCACCCGACAUGUGUCCCCAUGAACCUGCCCGGCCCGGCCAGCAACCCACACUGGAGCCAUCUUGUACUCGUAUUUCAGCAGCGGAGCUUGGGAGGGAAGGGCCGGCAGGGUUAGAUGGAGUCUCUUUUUAUCCUUAUCCCCUCAAACCACAGUCUAACUGUCCUAAGAGAAUUGGGGGGUUCCCUGCUCCCUCCAAACAAUGCCAGCAUAAACCCAUCCAUCCAAGGGUGGAAGUGCUCAAGGGACUGCAGGUUUCUUGGGCUCUCGCCUUCCAGUCUCCCAGGCCUGGGUGACUGUCCCCUUUCCCAACUGCCCCUUUUAUAACUGCUCUGGUUCUACUGAGAAAGGCCUCUCCAGCAAUAAUGUUUUAUAGCCACUUCCUCCAUCUCCUGGGACAGUACCCGUGGGGAGUGUCGUCUGGGCCUGGACACUGUACCGACUUUGAUAGAUUUCUACACUGAGGUUUGAAUUAUGUCACCCAAGUUGCUUUUAUUUCUCGAUACAAGAUGAUUUUGAAGAGAUUUUAAAGAUGUUCCCUUUUAUAUUCUCCUCCUCCUCAUCCACUGCUGCUGGUCCUGUCAGUGACCAUGGCUUUGGCUUGGAGUUUGCUUUGUACCGGGUCGGGGAGCAAUUUGUAUUUUAUUUUUUUCUUAGCGUAAGCAGGUGAACUGGGAGCAGCUCUGUGACUCUUCUUCUGUAACUUCAUGGUUCACCAGGACUGUUUUAUAAACUGCUGUAUUUUGAAACCCCUUCCUUUCUGCCCAGGCCAGCAGCUCUUAAUUCAAACUGGCCUGAGUGUGUCUGACCCUUUGGGACCUGGAAUUCUGAACCUCAUCUGUCCUGUUCCUAAGGGAGGAGAAGGGGAAAGUAUACUUGGGGGGCUGCUUCCUGUCUGAGUAGGAGCUUUUUUGCAACAAAGAACCCACUGAACAUUCUCGGCCUCCUCACUACUUCUCUGGGGCUUCUCCUGUCUUCUCAGGAAAAAUUGGUUUCUGAUUUUGACCAUGAAGACCAUAAAUGUCUCUUUGGUCUUGUUGAUUCCACUGGGCAUAUUCCUUCCUCAAAUUUCCUGCCCUCCCUGGAGACUGGCACAGGUUCCUCCCCCUUUACAGGGGGGAUUGGCACUUCAAUUUGGGGAGAAGGCCCCAGGUUGGUGCAAGGGAGCCCGAGAGGAUUUGGGGCAGAGGGACAGGGUCCUGCUGAAGCGACAGGAAGCCCCAGAGCUCUUUCCCAGGAUAAAGCAGGAACAGGCAGGCCUGGGGUUCCUGGUCAAGGGAAAGGGACUCCAGAGUGGUCUACUGGGAGGGAUUCAGACCUGUCCACAGGCCUCCCAGCACAGGCUGAGUAUGCUGCGGUCCCAGAAGAGGAUCUUUUCCUUGGGGCUGGCCUGGGAGCUGCCUAGGUCUGGGAGGUCCUCCAAAGGUCUGACAUCUCCACGCCCACCACAGGCCUUACUGCUCUGUUUACAAUGACCCACUCCAGGUCCCUCCCCAAGAGGGACUGGGGUUUCUGGGAGUCAACUCUCUGGGUCAAUGGUUAUUUGAUCAUUUGAUUUUUUUUUCCUCUAUAAACUUCUAACCUGGCCUUUUCCAUUUCAAUUCCUGUGAUUUAUGCCAAUAAAGUGUGCCAUUAUUUUCA